UUCAUGCACCACCCUCCCCCACCUUCCUCUCUCCUUCUCUCUACCUCUUUCUCUCUCUCUAUCACACACACACACAUAUAAUAUGUAUAUAUAUAUAAGCCACAACUAUCCCUUUCUAAUUAAUCUCAUUCACUCAAUAUCUCUCUAGAGUCUAGUCUCUACACACACACCAAAACCAAGCAAUGAACAACAACAACAUUAACAACUAUUACAUGACUACGAGGCCUUGCUCUUCUUCCGCUUCUUCAACCUCGGACUCUUCCUCGUCCGAUCAGUCGACGCCGACGAGAGGCAAUAACAGUGGGCCCAAGCCGGACCGGAUCAAGGGCCCAUGGAGCACCGAGGAGGACCAGAUCCUCACCCGUCUGGUGGAGCGCUACGGCCCGAGGAACUGGUCCCUCAUUAGCCGCUACAUCAAGGGGCGGUCCGGGAAGUCGUGCCGGCUCCGGUGGUGCAACCAGCUGAGCCCGACCGUCGAGCACCGCCCCUUCUCCUCCGCCGAGGACGAGACCAUCAUGGCGGCGCACGCACGCUACGGCAACCGGUGGGCCACCAUUGCCAGGCUGCUGCCGGGGAGGACGGACAACGCCGUCAAGAACCACUGGAACUCCACGCUCAAGAGGAGGGCCGUGGGGGACGCGUACUCCCCACAGAAUAGUAAUUUGGAGGGUGGUUGUUGUGGAAUCGGUGGGGCGUCGACGAGUGCCGGACCGGUACUGCCGGAGGAGGACCCGUUGACCGCGUUGACCCUUGCGCCGCCGGGGAUAAUGGCGGCGGAGAGGCGGACGGAGAGUGUGCCGGAUGGGUUUUGGGAUGUGAUGAAGGGUGUGAUUGCAAGGGAAGUUAGAGAGUAUGUGAGUUCCGCGUUUUCUGAUAAUAUUUCGGGGUUCCAUUCAAAUAGUUAAUAAUUAUUAAUCCUAAAUGGUUUUUUUUUUUUCCUUUC